CGAAAAGUUAAAGCUGAGUACGACGCGGAGUCAGUCUUGUCGGAACUCGGCAGCGCCCGACCACAGCAAGUUGAUAGGGACUGGUAAAAGUCAAUUACCACUGCUCGUUGAAUUCUUACGUCCUACUAUCACCAUCUAUCAUUAAUUCGCCCAGCAAUGUCUAAUCCAGUCACCUCUAUCUCUACUCAGGCGUCGGAGACCAUCGAGUCGGUAUCAUCACCUGGUGUCGUGCAGGAUAGCCUCCGCGAUGCAAACGUCAAGGUACCUACGCAAGCGGAAUUGUCCACCGUAGAGUCAAAGUUGGCCACCGCGCGCUCGAAGAAAGACACUGGCGAUGCUGCGUUCAAAGUUGGAGAUGUCAAGAGUGCAUUGCGAUCAUACCAUGAGACGCUUCUGUAUCUUCACGGCAUCGAUAAAAACGCCCUUAAAUCACUUGGAAUGGCUGCUCCAUCGUAUCCGUCAUCGACAUCAGCAGUAGACCAGGCUGCCGGUGCAAAGGACGUGACGACUGAGGCAGAUAUAAUACUGGAGAAAGUAUACGCAAAUAUGUCCGCCUGCCAUAUCAAACAAGAGAACUGGAAGCGGGCGGUGGACACCGCUGACAAGGCUCUCAGCAAAAACCCUGCCAAUUCUAAAGCACUUUUUCGAAAAGCAAAGGCUCUUGGAGAGCUUGGGUUUUUCGAGAAAGCGGAGACGGCUCUCAACGAGAUCAAGAAGGUCUCUCCCAACGAGGCACCAAUGGCUGAUGCAGAACUUGCGCGUCAGAAAAUAAUGGAUCGUGAACGGCAAAAGGCCCAUGAUCAGAAAAUGAGAGGCUGGCUUUCACGAGAGAAGAAGCAGGCUGUGAGCGAGUAAAUGGUCUGGAGCGAGGAGACGUACAUCUAAAGCUGACGAUACCACGUGCAUAUUGUAUUUUUUGAGUCAACCAUGGUUUGUUACAGGAUAAUCUCUUCGACGUUGGGUCAAUUAGACUGAAGUCUAUAAUGUACUUGGACUAUAUGUGGCAGGUAGCAAAGUUAAAAUAAAAUAAAUCGAGGAGGGAGGCGAAUAUAACGC